GUUUACCUUGACUUUGAAUUUUCCUCGUCACUCUCGAAAAAAAGCCUCUGUUUCACAGAGAAGCAAAAUUCAAAAUAUAUUUCAUAAAUCGGAUUCUCAGCAAUGAUAAACACCAAUCGAAGGAAACUAAUUAUGUCUUCUCGCGCCUCUUUCAUCUUCCUUUUCCUUUUCUCCUUUCUCAUUAGCUUCAAAGUUUCUGCUCAAAAUCCUAUUUACAGAUCCCAUAUCUGUUCCAACACGACAACUUUCUCCAGAAACAGCACUUUCUUCAAAAACCUCAAAUACCUUUUUUACGUUCUCUCUUCCCCCAGCAUCUCCUACUCCACCGGAUCCCAGAACGUCACCGUGGGGGAACCUCCUAACAGUGUCACCGGACUUUUCGAUUGCAGUACAGUUGUCUCGCCAGAAGAUUGCCGUAGCUGCGUCGCCUUUGCCGUCAAGGACACCUUAAUUCGGUGUCCGAUUCAGAGAGAGGUCAAGCUCGAAUACUAUCAGUGUACGCUCAGAUACUCUGCCUUCAGAAUUUCUGCUCAAAAUCCUACUUAUAUAUAUCAUAUUUGUCCAAAUACGACAACUUACACAAGUAGCAGCACUUACUUUACCAAUCUCAUAACCGUUUUGUCAUCUCUUUCUUCCCGUAACGUCCCUUACUCCACCGGAUUCCACAACGGCACGGUAGGACAAGCCCCCGACAGGGUCACCGGGCUUUUCCUCUGCCGUGGUGACUUGUCGCCGGAAGUUUGCCGUAGCUGCGUCACCUUUGCCGUCAAAGACACUUUCAAUAGGUGUCCUAAGGAGAGAGAGGUCGUGGUUUAUUACGAUGAGUGUAUGCUCAGAUACUCUAACGAGAGUAUACUCUCAACCCUAAGCACCGGCGGAGGAAUGUAUAUGUGGAACACCCAAAACGUUACAUCUAACCAACUUGACCAAUUCAAAGACUUGGUUGGGUCCACUAUGAACCAAGCCGCCACUGAAGCUGCCAACAGUCCCAGAAAAUUCAGCGCAAGAACAGCCAAUUUUACUCGGUUGCAGAGUUUGUACGGACUGGUUCAGUGCACUCCUGAUCUGACGAGGCAAGACUGUUUGAGUUGUCUUCAACAGAGCAUCAAUCAGUUACCUACUGACAAAAUUGGGGGAAGAUUUAUUAUGCACAGCUGUAAUUCAAGAUACGAGCUUUACGUGUUUUACAACGAAUCCGCCAUUACAAUACCUUCACCACCGCCACCACCACGGCCGGUUUCUGCCCCUCCUCGACCUGCCCUUCCACCGACUUCAGCUCCUUCUCCACCACCACCACCUGGAGGAGGCAAAAAAACCUCCUUCAUAAUCACCGCUGUUGUUGUUCCAAUCACCGUCCUUUUUCUUCUCUCCGUAGCUGUUUUUAGUUUCCGGACUAAGAGAAAAAGGACGAUUCAUGAGACGACAGAACCACUAGCUGGAGAUGGGAAUGAUAUUAAGACUGCAGGCUCACUUCAGUUUGAUUUUAGGGCAAUUGAGGCAGCAACAGAUAAAUUUUCGGAAACUAACAAACUCGGUCAAGGUGGAUUCGGCCAAGUCUACAAGGGUACAUUUCCUAGUGGAGUACAAGUUGCGGUGAAAAGGCUAUCAAAGACGUCAGGACAAGGUGAAAGAGAGUUCGAAAACGAAGUUGUUGUUGUUGCAAAGCUCCAGCAUAGAAAUUUGGUAAAGCUGUUUGGUUAUUGUUUAGAAGGAGAUGAGAAAAUACUUGUCUAUGAGUUUGUGCCCAACAAAAGUCUUGAUUACUUCCUCUUUGACUCUACAAUGCAGAGCCAGCUUGACUGGGCAAGACGGUACAAGAUCAUUGGAGGAAUUGCUAAAGGCAUUCUUUAUCUUCACCAUGAUUCACGACUCACAAUUAUACACCGUGAUCUCAAAGCGGGCAACAUCCUUUUGGACGAUGAUAUGAAUCCGAAAGUUGCAGAUUUUGGAAUGGCGAGAAUUUUUGGGAUGGACCAAACGGAAGCCAAUACAAGAAGAGUAGUUGGAACUUAUGGUUACAUGUCUCCUGAGUAUGCGAUGUACGGCCACUUCUCCAUGAAAUCAGAUGUAUAUAGUUUUGGGGUCUUAGUUCUUGAGAUUAUAAGUGGCAUGAAGAACAGUAGUCUCUAUCAGAUGGAUGGUAGUGUUGGUAACUUGGUUACAUAUACUUGGAGAUUAUGGAGCAAUGGGUCGCCGUUAGAGCUUGUGGAUCCAUCCUUUGGAGAUAACUAUCAAAUAAAUGUAAUUACUAGGUGCAUCCAUAUCGCUUUACUCUGUGUUCAAGAAGAUGUUGAAGAUCGUCCAACUAUGUCAGCAAUCGUCCAAAUGCUCACUACUAGCUCGAUAGCUCUCGCCGUGCCUAAACAACCUGGAUUUUUCUUUCGGAGUAGGCAUGAACAAGUAAGAGAAGUUGCUACAUCUGUGGAUAGGCUUGCUCCCUGUUCAAUCGAUGAUGCUUCCAUUACUAGCGUUGCUCCUCGUUGAAUACAAACUAUAUUCACUAAAAUUAAGCUGUGCUAUAUGAUUCUAGACUUUCUUUACAUUCUAGCUGCAAUCCUUUGUAAUGGGUCUUCAAAAGUCUCUCUUAGACACGUUUUGCCUCUCCGUUCUAACCAUGCUUGUGUGAAAGGCUUCACUAAUAUGAAUUAAGUUAGUGAGUGCUUAGACACCCUUAUAAAUU